AUGUCUUCUGAAAAUUCUCACUCUCGUGUAUCUUCAUCAUUGGGAAGAGAAGCCUCUUCGAGUUGUGAUAUCAUUAUUUCAUCUCCGAGAACAUCCUCACUUUCAAUUACUUCCUUUGAAAUGCCACCACCUGCCACUCCUAAAAAAGGCAUCUCACCUCAUACCACCAAUAAUACGACAAGCACUCGGAAAGCCUCUUCUUGCCCAUGGCCUCGAGAAAUCACGAAACGAAUUUUAUUGUUUUUAAUUCCGAUCAUUACGGAGAGAAUUGACAUUGAUCCUGCUGUCAAUCAUCAUCAUCAUCAAUCGGAUUUGUUAUCUGCAACCAAUGAUCCAUACUCAUCGUACUCACCACUCUCUCCACAUCAUCCUCCAUCACCACUCAUACCCAAUAAUAAUCAUCAUCAUCACCAAUUUAUUUCUCCAUCCACCAUGAUGAGAAGAUCUCGGAGGCCAUCGAGACUAUAUGGCAAACGUAUUUUGGCACUUGUGGAUUGUUUAACCAUCAUGCAUGAGAUUCAUAAUUAUGAACUCGUUUCACGUGAUUUUUACUUUGUGUUGCGACGACAUUUUGCUCCAAUUUUCUAUGCUGAUUUAUUAUUUGUAAAAUACUUGUGGAUGACCAAUGAGGAUACACACAAAAUUGUGUUGGCAGAUAUUCGAAAAUUUAUUUUGGAAUUGAGAAGAGGAGAUUUUAUGGACCAUAAACCCAUUUCAUAUCAUUUAUUGUUAGAUCAAGAUUAUUUUCAUCGAUCAUUAGGCAAGGAGACCAAUAAUGCAACAGAUUACAAGGCACUAUUUUCAAAAAUUAAUCACGCUUGGUUUGUAUAUAGAACAGUUGAAGUUGGUAAAAAGAAUAGUAAGCAACCUGCCAAAUUGCGUCACUCUCGAUCUCAAUCAUUCAGUAAUUACAAUUCUCCUCUGGAUACUGGAAAUGUAAAUAAUUUGAUUUCUCCAAAGACUCCUUCAUCUGUAAAUAUGAUCAAGCAGGAAGAUCUAAAUUCCAAGACGCCUGAAGUCCUUUCAAGAAAUUCAAUCGAUUCAGCAAGCUCGCAAGAUAGAACAAGCAUCUCUUCGUCAUCCAAUUACCUGGGACUUCCAACAACAGAUAACUUGACCAUACAAACACCUAAUAAGAAUGCCAACAAACCUCAACAAUCAUCAUCCACGACGACACCAUCUAGAUCCUCCCACAGACGUACCUAUAGCUCUAACAGUGCAUUUAAUUACGAGAUUAUGUAUGAAACAUUUCGAAAGAGUGAACAACAAAUUGAAGAUGAAGAAUAUUUACACAAUGAUAACUUUUCAACAGAAAACCAAUCAAGAGCCAUUCGUGUUGCAAUUAUGGGCUCCAAGAACGUUGGAAAAUCCAUGUUCAUGAUGAAAUUUUCGAAUAGAAAUUGUGACGAAUUUUUCGAGCCCAAAAACCCUGAAGAUGAGUUCAUUUGUGUUGACACUGAAAGAUACACCAUUGAUAUGUACGAUACAGUAGGCCAAGAAAUAUCUGAAUCGUUGAUUGAUUACAACAUUCGACAUUUUGAUUUAUUUAUUUUACUGUUUGACCUGACUCAAGCAGAUCAGUCGUUGGAAUAUGUUCAACAAGUGAUUCAACUCAUUCUACGCAAGAAACACUACAUUGAAAUUUCUCAAGUACCAAUCAUCAUUUGUGGAAACAAGAUGGAUGCCCUCGAGGAUACCUCUGAGCAUAUUUCAAUUAAGGAACGAGUGGACAAGAUGAUCAAAAGAAGCUUUGGAUCCAGUUCUGUUCCUCCCAUUUAUGUUGAAAUUAGCAGUCUGGAGGGAACAAACAUUUCAAACAAAGUUUUGGAACGUCUCAUUGCUCAACAAUACCAUGCCUGUCACAAAUUUUCACGAGUGGCCAACACCAUCGAUUGGAACAAUUUUAUCCGAUAUGUUUUCAAUUUUGGAGAUUCUCUUCACUUUAACACGAAUACCAACAAGGAGAAAUGCAUGAUCAUGUAG